UUGUGUAAAAUGGGCGGAGAAAGACUACCUUUUGAACAAAGCGCGGCAUAGCAAAAGCUCUAAGCAAAGCAGCUAGUACAAAUUUUGUAGCUAGUUAUUAGCGCAGAAUUGACUGUAUUAAUGUGCGAAGCCAUGAAGGGGGGGUUUGAUGUUCAAAGUUAAAACCCAAGGCGUAAUCUGUAUGUUCGCGAACAAUGCCAAUUCGAGCCUGCUGUACAAUCUGUUCGGAUUUCUUCGAUCACUCUAAAGAUGUGGCAGCCAUUCACUGCGGCCAUACCUUCCACUAUGAAUGUCUUCUCCAGUGGUUCCAGACAGCCCCGAAUAAGACCUGUCCACAGUGCAGAAAACAGGUCAGCACCAGACAUAUCAUCAGUAAGCUGUUCUUUGACUUGGGCGGGGAGGGGGAGAGUACAGCUGUGGAUCCGGAGAGUUUACAGAAUGAACUUUAUAGAAUUAAAGUGCAGCUUAGUGACAAAGAGAGAGACUGGCAGGUACAGCAUAAGAUGAUUAAGACCUUGAAGCAGACUGUGGACAGCCAGAGAGUGGACCUGGAGAGUGUGAUGAAGGAGGUCACAGAAAAGGAUAUAAUCUGCUCAGCAUUGCGGAAACAGAUGAAGUACAUGGAGAACCAGCAUGGUGAGAUGCAGUCUGCUAAGGAAGAGGCCCAGCGCCUGAGAACCAAGUUGAAGACCUACGAGAGUCUGAACCUGGUUCUACAGGGCCAUCGCGAUGAGGUGGAGGCUAUGAUCACAGACAUGGGGGUGGGCCAUUCUGCUGUGGAGCAGCUCUCCAUCUACUGCAUCUCUCUCAAGAAGGAGUAUGAGAACCUGAAAGCCAGCCACAGGUCCUCCAGUGAGAUGGGUGAGAAGCUCAGGAGGGAACUCUUUGCAUCUAACAGCAAGUUACAGAAAGCUACCGCGGAUAUGAAUAGGAUGAAAGAGGACAUGAAGGCCAUGCAGGAGGACCUGAGGAACUCUGACAAAGAGAUCACUAGUCUGAAGAAGAAGGUGGAGAUCUUGCAGAAAACUCUGAGCACACCCACUCGCACCAACGAGGCACUUAGCAGGCUGGUCUUCGAGAGCCCUGCCCCUAUGGAGCUGAAACAGCCUCGACUGCACCAGCCUGAGGGGAGCGGGGACAUCGACCUCAACGUGACCUUCGACGUCUCCACCCCUGAACUGCCGGACAAAAAGGCCGGGCACGUCCCUUCCAAGAAGAUGCGGCUGGACCCUGCGGACUUCUCAUCUUCAGCGCACACUGACCGCUCCUCUGCAGGAAGCAAGAACCGUGCCCCAGAAGAGGACAUCACCAUGCAGCCCUUCCUGCGCAACUCCAUCCUCUUCAGGAAGAAGAAUUUUGGAAGCAUGCUAGACCCCCAGCGGACCAGACUAGGAGCUGUGAGAACCGGCUACGAUGGUCUGGGCGGAAGAACCAAAUUCAUCCAGCCUUCCCCUAUGUCGGAUAUCCGCCCUCUGGUGAUGAAGGGCAAGAGGAAGGUCUCACGGCCGCCAGGUGGCAAGCUGCCUGGCUGUGCCACCACCUUGGACAGCUUCCUGGACCCUCAGCCUAUCAACGCCAAGUCUUCACCAGCAGUGCUAGGGGACAAAUCCUAAACAGUCUUGACAAGGGACAGCCCACUUCAGUGAGGGAGCGAAAUAACUAAUGGGGAAAAUCUUGGCUUCCAGCAGUUGCCACUAGAGGUCGCUCUUUAGCCACGCACGGUUCCAUGGAGAUCCGUGUUCUUCCUGUAGCAAUUGUAAGGGGCGAAGCGAACGAGUGGGGCUUACCCUUAGUUUCUGUGCACUUGGUGUUUGUCUUUUUUGUUGUAGCUGGAGCGUGUUCUUCCUUUAACCGAAAACGAUACUCUCCCACAACAGUAAAUCCAGGCACCCGUAACUAGUGUGUCCGUUACGGGAGUUAGAGAUGAUCGGUUGGGGAGGAGGGAGAGAUCGUUUUGAUCUGCCGUCAACACGUAAAAAUAUAUUUUUAUACUUUGUGUGGUCAGGCAUUGUGGUCUGUCUUAUUUUAUAUUGCUGUGUGCAGUAUUAGUGAGUCAGUGUGCAGGCAAGGUUUGCUGGUAGUGUGCUCCGUGAUGAUAUUUCCAGGUUGUAUCAUCAUAGUUAAUUUCAACCGAAGAGCAAACGUAACUGUUUUUAUCUGUGUCUGAAUGUGUGAUGGCUUGGGCCAACAGGGCGUUUAUGCUCUACUGUAGAUAACAAAGGUUAUUUAUUUUCGAUUUACAAGAAUGAGGUUUCCAGUUCAUUUUAAUUGGCAUCUGUCCCUGUCAGAAGUCUUGUCUUUAUAUGUGUGAAUUUGAAGAUGUGUAUGGUCCUUCAUAAAAUAAACAAAAAUUUCUAGUCCUUUG